GGCAUUGUGGGUAGGUCAGGCGCCAUGUGCUUUUUUUGAAGCGGCGGCUGUACCAGAAGGAGACCAGGGCAGAUCCAAAGCUCGCCGUGUAUUUCAGAGGGACACCGGCACGAACGCCUCCAGCUCUCGCUCACCAUGUUCUGCUCCAGACGCUGCCUCCGCACCGCGCUACGGGCCGCGGCGAACACGCACCGGCAACAGCUUCAGCGGCAGACGCCGGCCCUGUGCGCCCUCCGACUUCUGCAGACCAGCCCCGUCUCUCACUCAGAUGCCAUCGCCAUGCCUCCGUUGGACGGAGCGCCCAAAGGGUAUUCCCCCAAAAUCCAACAGCUCGUCAACGACAUAGCCAGCCUCACUUUGCUAGAGGUGUCGGACCUCAAUGAGCUCCUCAAGAAAACACUGAACAUUCAGGAUGUUGGAAUGAUGCCGAUGGGGGCGAUGGGAGCUGUACCCAUGGCUCAGGAUGCAGACGAGGAGGAGGCACCCGUGAAGAAGGAGAAGACUCACUUCAUUGUCAAAUUGACAGAAUUGAAGGCGGCAGAAAAAGUCAAACUUAUAAAGGAAGUGAAGAACUGCAUGCAGGGCUUGAAUCUGGUUCAGGCGAAGAAACUAGUGGAGUCUCUUCCCCAGGAAAUCCGGGCCAACGUAGCCAAGGAAGAGGCCGAGAAACUGAAAGCGGCCCUGGAAGCUGCAGGCGGAACCGUGGUGUUAGAGUAGAUCUAUGCAGCCACCGUUUCGCCAUUCUUCUGCUCAUGCACUUCGUUCUUCAUUCUAUUAUUUCUGUUUUGGGUUUUUUUACCCGUCAAAGAAGAAAAGAUCCCGGGAGAAAAGGAAACAAAGAAUUGCCUUUCUGACAUUAAUGCGGUUUCUCAACAGCGUCAAGGUGGGGCGGUACAACUCAGACUGAACUGUCCAGGCCCACAGCCUGCACAUAUCGCCACCCCACUGUUUGCUUGUCCAUGUGUCGUCUCUGGUGUCUGUCUGAUACUUGUGUAGCAAACAUGCUACAGAAAUACUGGCCUGUGUGCCAAGUAAGUCAUUUGAUGAUUCUCUGUGUGUGUGCGUGUGUGUUGAAUUUUUCUGCUGUAGGGACCUGGUUAUAUUUCCAAUUUUAAAGAACACCACAUACCGUUUCUACUUCAUGGGAUGGCAGAGCUGAGUCUGUAUAUUGCUUAUAGAAUUGUUAAUAAUGUGAUUAAAGUUGAAAUCUCCAUA